GCUCGGUGGCAGGCCUGCCUGCUGGUAACAUCCUCUGCUCUUGCUCUGUUAUUGCACUGUGUACUAGCGGCUCGUGACUAAUGAUUCUUUCCAGUGAGAGUUGACUCAGUGUGGGCAGAGUGACUUUUGGGACUCGAAUCGGUGACGCACUCUUUUAAGAUUCAUGAAGGUCAUCACUCUUUUAAGAUUCAUGAAGAUCACCAGUCUUUUGCGAUUCAGAACUCACUGCUAGCACUAGCGGGUCGCUCUGAGUGAGUUGCUAAUCGUCAAGGAAUGAUGAGAAAAAUGUAGCUUUGAUCAAUUCCGGCUAGGUCCGAAUUUUCCUGGAAUUGAAUCCCAGAAUCCAUUCUGGAAUCGGAAUCGUCUCCGGAAUCGAAAUCGGAACUGAAAUCGGAAUCGACUCUGGAAUCGAUCUCGGAAUCUCCUAGAGAAUACAGGGUUUCCCACGAUUUAUUGGUCAGUUCCCAUGAUUUUUUGGGCUCGUCUCACGAUUCAUUCAUCGUAUCCCAUAGAUUUUUGGCCCGUUCCUAUAAUUUAUUGGUAUCGGCCGAUUGGCUAUCGAUACAAUUGAACCAACAAAUUUUGGGAAUCGGCCAAAAAAUCGUGAGAACGCACCAAAAAAAUAUGGGAACCAACCUAAAAUUGACGAGAGCCAACCAAUAAAUCGUGGAAACCCCUGUAAAUCGUUUGCAAGUACAUUUCAAUUCCAGAACUGAUUCCGAUUCUAGAAUCAAUUUCGAGUAAGCAACUGGGUAGAUUCUCCCACCACUACACUAGUGAUUGGAAUCACAUAAGAGUUGCUAAAAAGCGUCGUAGAAGUACCUCUCCGUGUGGAGUUGAGUCCCUACCAUCACUCGCUCACUCACUCACUCUUGCUCAGGGCGCUCUGUACCUCUAUCUAUCCUUCUGGAGUCGGCUGUAUACAUCUAGCUUUCUCGCUUUCCCUACUCCGUUUUUGAAAGGUUGCGGUUGGGCCCACUGCUCGGCACUAAUCUCUAAUCCCCACGAUAAGGGUUGAAUUUAUUAAUUUAUGUGUUCUAUUUCGCGUGCGUCAGAUUACCCAUCGCCUUCUCGUUACUAAUUUAAAUACUCCCCCUCAGCCCCUUCCUUGUCCCGUUUGCUCCCUUUAUCUAUUUUUUACACACACACACACACCCACAUACAAACCUCACGCAAAGCAUCUAUCGCAAAGGUCACAGAGAGUGUUUUUUUUGUUGUUUUUGGUUCAUUCUGAUUGCAUUUGGCACGGCAUUUCACGCGCCAGGUUGGCGUCGGUGUUUCUCUGCGUGUGGUACACACACCAAGAGUAGCAAACACACUCGGACACGAUUUCCCGCUGCUGAUGACCCGCAACACGCACGCUCCCGGAUUUUGCCCGCCCAGGUGACCUCUCUGUACACGAGUAGAUUCCUCUUCUCCGGCUGUGUCCACGGUUCGGCGCUGUGGAAGAUCCUCUCCUGCGGCGAGCAAACGAGUGUGUGUGCGUGUGUGUGAGUGUGUGUGUCAGCACGUGGGAGAUGAGCGGCACAGCAUCUCUCAAAAUCUGUGGCGCCUUUUGCUGCCGCUGCCCAGAGAAAGGGCGAUAAUAGACACGAUGUAAUCGGGAGCUCGUGAGCGUGAGCGGGCGCACAGCACACAAACACUGGGCAGGGGAGAUUAUAGUCGCUAAGAAAAUUUCAUCCCAAGGACAGCAGUGCUUCGGAGCAGUGAGGGCAGGAGUGUCAGUAGGAGCCAGGCCGGGCAGGCGGGUGGGUUCUGGGGUGUCGAAAAUCUAAGGCCGGCUGCUCCGUCCCGUCAGCUCGCGACACUCCCGCUCUGUGUGUCCGCUUGAAACUGCUUGGCUCGUCGACGAAGCAGAAUCAUACACACACGCGCCGUUGCUUGCGGUGUGGUGUUGGUCGUGCGGUACGAGCGCAACACACAUCGCCCGUGUGUCAUCCAUUGCGCUGGUGCUCUGGUGCGAGAAUGGUGAACGGAAACGAUCAGCCAGCGGCGGUGGCGGAGACGACGACGACAGUGCCCGACAGCCAGCCGGAGGCGCAGACCGAACCGAACCCGAUCGUACCACCGGCGGGAUUAGCAGCAGCAGCAGCAGCAGCAGCAGCAGCAGCAGCAACAACAGCACCGAACAGAGCCCAAACAUGGAAGUACUUCCAGGACCAGCGGCGCAUCGUCGACUACGUGCUCGCGUUCAACGGCGAGGACGAGAAUGCGGAGGCGAAGCAGCGGCGCGCCAUCUACCAGCGGAAUCUCGAGAGCGAGGGCCUCCAGAUCGAGACGGAAAACUGCCAGCGCAUCCAUUUCGUCAAGAUCCACGUGCCGGCGAACGUGCUGUCGCACUACUGCGAGAUCAUGAAGAUGCAGAUGCCGAUGAAGAAGCUGGAGAACCAGGACAAGAUCAUAAUGCGCGACUUCAGCAUCCAGAGCACGCUGGUGCGGCUGUUCCGGCGGCCCCUCUUUAACUUUGUCAUCAUCGACAGGCAAAAGUUCGCGCCGCCCGAGUACCGGCUGAUGUACGAGUACUCGCGCGACAAGCCGUACCUGUUCGACGACCGGGAGCAGAACUUUUUCACGCCCAGCAUACGGAUCGCGGUCGCCCACUUCAUACUCGAGCGGACGUACUUUAGCGAGGCGGUCGAGGAGAAGAAGGACAUCGGCAUCCGGCGGCUGAUGGAGGACCAGGUGUACCUCGACGCGUAUCCACUGCACGACGGCUGCACCGAUCUGCGGUCGAGCUGCCAGCGCGCGUUGCUGCUGGAGGAGUGGGCCUCGAUCAGCAAGUGGAUCAAGCACCAGCCGCUCGACCACAUCAAGGAGUACUUUGGCGUGAAGAUUGCGAUGUACUUUGCGUGGCUCGGGUUCUACACGCACAUGCUGAUACCGGCGUCGGUGGUCGGGCUGAUAUGCUUCUUUUACGGGCUGCUGACGUACCCGGCGAAUCGUAUCAGUCAGGAGAUUUGCGACGACAACGGGACGAUCAUGUGCCCGCAGUGUGACAAGUACUGCGACUACUGGUACCUGCGGACGACCUGCAACAUCUCGAAGCUGGCGCACAUCUUCGACAACGAGAUGACGAUCGUGUUCUCGAUCUUUAUGUCCGUGUGGGCGACCCUAUACCUGGAGAUGUGGAAACGCUACUCGUCCCGCAUUCAGCAUCGCUGGGGCAUCACCGAGUACUGCUCGCUGGCGGAGCCGCCACGCCCACAGUACCUGUCCCGGCUGAAGAACAUCAAGAAGAUGAUGUUCAACAUUGCCACCGGUGCGCAGGAACCGUCGCCACCGUUCUGGACGAAAAAGUUCCCCAGCUUCCUCUACAGUUACUCUGUGAUCUUCCUAUUUAUUUUACUUACGAUAGCGGCCGUCUUCGGUAUCGUCGUGUACCGGAUGUCGCUGAUGACCUCGAAAAACAUCUACGGCGACGGUGGGUCGGUGUCGGGCAAGCUGAUCAUCUUUCCGGCGACGACCGCCGCCAUCAAUCUGCUCGCCUCGACCGCGCUCACGUACGCCUACCAGUACGUGGCGGAGUACAUGACGAACGUGGAGUACCGGCGCACCCAGACCGAGUACAACGAGAGCCUCAACCUGAAGAUCUACCUGUUUGAGUUCGUCAACUACUACAGCUCGAUCUUCUACAUCGCGUUCAUGAAGGGCAAGUUCCCGGGCUAUCCGGCCAAGUACAACCGGAUACUGCACCUGCGGCAGGAGGAGUGCAGCCCGGGCGGCUGCCUGAUGGAGCUGUGCAUACAGCUCGCGAUCAUCAUGGUGGGCAAGCAGGCGAUCGGUGCCAUCACGGAGAUACUGAUACCGUUCCUGGUGCAGAAGUUCAAGGAGUUCCGGAGCGUGCUGGGUAUCGAUGCGGGCAGUGCCGAGAACGGCGAGCGGCUGAUCUGCUGCAACCAGUGGACCAAAGACUUUAACCUCAUCAACUGGCACGAUCGCAGCCUGUUCAACGAGUAUCUGAAGAUGGUCAUACAGUACGGCUUCAUCACGAUCUUCGUAGUGGCAUUUCCGCUGGCGCCCUUUUUUGCGCUGCUGAACAACGUGUUCGAAACGCGGCUGGACGCGAAAAAGUUCCUACUCUACUACAAGCGGGCCGUGCCGCAGCGCGUCCGCGAUCUUGGCAUCUGGUACAACAUCAUGCACGUGGUCGGCAAGGUGGCCGUCAUAUCGAGUGCCUUUAUCAUCGCAUUUUCCUCCAACUUUAUACCCCGCCUAAUGUACAUGAACGUCGUCAACCCGACCGGCACGGACGAGGGCUUCGUGAACCACACGCUCGCCUACUUCAACGUGUCGCACUUCGAGGCGAAUGCGGCGCCAGAGAACAGCACCUUCUCGAACAUUACCAUCUGCCGGUACUCGGAGUACCGGAACCCGCCGGACGAUCCGCGCCCGUACAAGCGGCCCUCGAUCUACUGGCAGAUACUGGCGAUCCGGCUCACGUUCGUCGUGAUCUACCAGAACCUCGUCAGCUUCGUGCAGAUUGUGGUGGCGUGGGCGAUACCGGACGUGCCGACCAAGCUGCAGGAUCAGAUCAAGCGCGAACAGUACCUCACGAACGAGUACAUCAUCGAGCAGGAAAAGCUGAAGAUGGCCCUGUCCGGGACGGGUGGGUGCGGUGGUGCUGGCGGUAGUGUCGCCGGCUCCCGGUACGCGCAGAACGGGUGUGUCGCGUCGGAGGACAGCAGCCCGGACGACGAGAAGGCUAACUACGGCUCGAUUGCGGACGACAACGAGUACCCGCUGCGGAUGCAGACUGAUGACUGCGAACCGUACGCCGCGUACGGCAUAGUGACGUCGCGGGUGUAGGGCAGGAGGCUCUAGGAGCACACGGUGAGCACACAACGUUCAGGAGCAAAGCCAAUUCGCGAUCAAAUUACGCACAUGCGCCGGUGUGGUGCAGUUACCUAACGACACGGAGCUUGCUGGUUUAUUAUUGUUUUAUGUUUCUGUUUUUAUUCGUAACGCCUGACCUCCUUAACGACGCCUAACCUCAUCUCGAGCACGUAUUUAUCUGCGUGCAGUGCCUCUUUACCCCUUGCAAAAGUGGUAUGCCUGCCGCAGGCCGCCGGCAACUUUCUCGAUAGAAGUGAAACAAUUUUUUGAAGAACAAAUUAAAAUAUCUGUAAAUAAUUGAUAAAAAAAAACACACACAA